GUUUGGGCGGCCUGGGAAACCUUCAAUGUCCGGCGCAAGUCCGAUUGGCUCGAUCACUCAUACGGGUGGCGAUCCACAGCCAUAUCGGGACAUCCGGACAAUUCGCCGACACUUGAGUUUCGUUCUACUACUACUAGAGCUACUUACCUCGCACUCUUUUGUCCAUGCGGCCCAGUACACGGCCCAUAGCUGGGCCACCCGAUGCACUGGAGUCUGGACAGAGGCACAAUCUUCAUAAAUGGUGAAUCCCUGGCGAAUCCCAUGUCACACGGGCCCUGAGGAAGCACCGAAGCAAGGCCAGACCCGACGUGAUCAAUCACAUAAGGGAGUUGAGUACUGCGGCCCGGGGACUACCAGUCCAGAUCGUGCGGGAGUUCAGGAGACUGAGGAGCGAUGUCUUCCAACAUGAUGCGACGUUCGGGUGGAAGCUUACAGAAGUGGCAUUUCCUCCGGGUGUCCUCGAGUUACGAGACCGCCGGUUGGGAGCAGCAGACGAUACUCCUACCAUUCAUGACAUGUAUCGAAGCCACCAUGCGUUACAGAAUGCGAAUCCGCGGGAUUCACUCUUCA